UUGGUGUUAGUGUUAGGAGAUCUGCAUAUACCUCAUCGCUGUAGUAGUUUACCGCCGAAGUUCAAAAAGCUGUUACUGCCGGGUCGUAUACAACAUAUUUUGUGCUCGGGAAACCUAUGUACCAAAGAAUCUUACGAUUACUUGAAGACUCUCGCAAGUGAUGUACACGUUGUUAGGGGAGACUUCGAUGAGAACUCAACAUAUCCCGAGCAAAAGGUGAUAACAGUCGGCCAGUUUCGUAUUGGCCUUAUUCAUGGACACCAAGUAGUGCCUUGGGGUGACGAAGAGUCACUCGCUUUAGUACAGAGACAGCUUGACGUAGAUAUCUUGAUAUCGGGUCACACACAUCGUUUUGAAGCAUAUGAACAUGAGAACAAAUUCUAUAUAAACCCUGGAUCCGCAACAGGAGCAUAUAGCCCGCUGUUUAGGAAUGCCAUCCCGUCAUUUGUACUUAUGGACAUUCAGAGUUCUACAGUAGUGACAUAUGUGUACAAACUGCUCGGAGAUGAAGUCAAAGUUGAGAGAAUCGAGUAUAAGAAAGCAUAA